AUCCUAUUAUCCUAGCAUGCAUUAACUAUUUGAUGGGUCGUUCUGGAUCUUGUGGCCUAUAAAUUACCUUCUUCUAUUCAUCUUUAGCCCACAAACGCAAGAUGAAUGGUUUUAUUCCAAACAGAUUAGAAGGCAAAGUCGCCAUAGUUACUGGCGGUGCUAGCGGCUUUGGCGAAAGCACGGUGAGAUUGUUCGCUAAACACGGCGCUAAAGUCUUGAUCGCCGACGUCCAAGAUGAAAGAGGACAUUCUCUUUGUAAGGAACUUGCUUCUGAAUCCAACAACGACGUUGUUUACGUCCAUUGCGACGUUACUCAGGAGUCCGACGUGAAAAACGUCGUCGAUACGGCCAUUUCGGAGUUUGGGAAGCUUGACAUCAUGUUCAACAAUGCCGGCAUCCCGGGGAACAUAGAGUUCACGAUCCUCAAUGCUGAUACCGAAAACUUUAAAAGAGUUUUUGAUGUCAACGUGUUUGGAUCAUUUUUAGGAGCAAAACAUGCUGCUAGGGUUAUGAUUCCCGCGAAACGUGGAGUGAUUUUGUUCACUUCAAGUAGCGCCUCGGUCGUUUCAGGUGAGGCGCCACAUGCGUACACAGUGUCAAAGCAUGCGGUAGUGGGGUUGAUGAAAAACUUAUGUGUUGAAUUAGGGCAACAUGGGAUCCGGGUGAACUGUAUUUCACCCGGAUCUGUUUCAACCCCAUUUCUGACUAAUGCAAUGGGGUUGGAGAAAACGGCAGUGGAUGAUAUUCUGUGUCAGUCUGCCGUGUUGAAGGGGGUGGUGCCUGAGGCGGAGGAUGUGGCGGAGGCGGCGGUGUUUUUAGGGAGCGAUGCUUCGAGGUUUGUUACCGGAGUUAAUCUGGUGGUGGAUGGAGGUUAUAGUACAACGAAUCCAACUUACACUAAGGUUAUUAAACAAACUUUUGAAAGCCUAGGUAAAGAAAACAUAAUCACGUAAAGAAUGCCAUGCAUUAUAAUUUAUGUGGUUAGCUUUUGUACGUUGUUACAAUUUUUUGUUUGAAUAAGAAAGUUUGAAUGAUUUGCUACAAA